AUGAAACAGUUACUUUUUUUACUUCUUUCGGAAAACAUAAGUUUCCAAAGAAAUGAAUAUUCUCAAACCAAAGUGGAAGCCCAAGAAUGAUGUAAACAAAAAUGGCGAGCAAUACAACAGAGGAAAAUGUUGGCGAAAACGAGAAUAAAAAAGAUCCAACAGCGCCCUCAGAUCAAGACAAAAGCAAAGAACCCAACAAUACAAACUUUGAAUGUAACAUAUGUCUUGAUACGGCGAAAGAAGCUGUAAUUAGUAUGUGCGGCCAUUUGUUUUGUUGGCCAUGUCUCUCAAGGUGGUUAGAGACAAGACCAAACAGAUCUGCAUGCCCUGUGUGCAAAGCGGGUAUCAGUCGGGACAAAGUGAUCCCUCUGUAUGGCCGGGGGAGCGGUGAUCAAACAGACCCGAGAGAUAAAACACCGCCAAGACCUCAAGGACAAAGAACUGAACCAGAAAAUAAUGGAAUAUUUCCUGGGUUGGAUAUGGGUGGUGGUUGGCAUGUAUCAUUUGGUAUAGGAGCUUUUCCCUUCACAUUCUUAACGGCAGGAGCUGGUAAUGUCGGUGGUUUUGGACAGGCUCCGGCUCCCGGAUCACCUCAGGAAGCGCAGGAACAAUUUCUUUCAAAAAUAUUCCUUUGGGUGGCACUCGCUUUUCUCUUUUGGCUUUUCAUUGCCUGAAUGAUCCAAGAAUGUAAAAAACCAUAGGAAUGUCAUACGAAAUUAUAUGCAGCCACGUACGCAUGCGUAAAAGUCUCGCGCUUACGUUCUUCUACACAUGCCUAUGAGCCAUAUAGUUUAAUAUCGUCUGAAUAUGAACCAGACCAAUCGUCAACAUAUGUUCACUAUAUGUAUUGUUUCGUAAGUUUAAGUUGAGAGUUUUAUUCGCGCUGAUGAUGGUAUUGUUAUAGAUUGCGGUUGUAAAAUAUGGAGGAACAGAAAAAUGGAACUGUA